CACGUGUGCUGCGACUGCAAGAAGAGCUUCUGCGCGCUGUGCUCCGUGCUGCAGGAGAACUUGCGCUGCUGCGCCACCUGCCACUUAUUGCGGGGCACCGCCUUCCAGAGGCCACGCCUCAUGCAGCUGCGUGUCAAGGACCUGCGGCAGUACCUGCUGCUACGCAACAUCCCCACCGACACCUGCAGGGAAAAGGAGGACCUGGUGGAACUGGUUUUGUGCCACCGGGGCACCCGGGAGCCGCCCCGACCUGUGAUGGUGGUGCAGGAGGAGGAAGAGGAGGAAGACGAAGAAGAGGAAGUGGAUGGAGACACGCCCGAGGAACGGGAGGGACAUGAUGAAGAUGAUACAGACAGUCUCCACUCACGUGCCGCCUCGCCGCCCUCCCCCGCCGACUCAACAUCCGAACAGUCGCUUGGAUCCGCCUCUCAGGGAGUCGUGCUCAGCCCAAGUGACAGCUCAGGGACCCCAAGCCAGGUGACACUGACACACAAUUAGAGUACGGUUAAAACAAAAAAUAGCGAGCUAGUGUGGCUAGUUAUAGUGAGGAGCCAGUCCUCAAAGUUACCUCAACUCCAUGGCAGCGCAUAAGCAACACUUCUUUCUGACAAAUAUCGCUAUUGCUAAAGGAGGACGAGGAGUAGCGAAUCAUGUGACACAUCGAGAGAGAAGCAAGAACAUGAGAAGACGGAGAAGCCAUUGCUAACUGCAAAGCUAACAUGAAAGGAAGAUGAAUGAAACGUCCUUAAAUUUGGUUUCAAAUAAAUGUAGAAAUUUUU